AUGCUGACACUGGUGGAUACAUCUGCAAGUGCAACUGACACCAAUUGUGGCGCGGGACCUUGGCCGACUACCGUUUGCGUCAAAAAGUUCAAGCUCGGAGCGCAGGGCAACCUGCGCCACCUGAAUUCCUACCCACUGUAUAUCAUUCUGAUAUUGCUCCGUCCCUCCGACGUGCAUCUGUUCUCAAAAAGCGUAUGUCAACCUCCACCCCCAGUCAUAUAUCAUAUACCAUAUUCCAUACUCAGUACGAUUGACCCUUCCACUAUCACAGCUUCCAAUCGUCCAAAUCAUCCUUCGAUUGCUCGAGUCAAGGGUCGAUCCAACAUGUAUAGCCCACCACGCAACGGCACCGAGACGUCAUGGCUAAAUGACCAGUCACCAUCCAGGGGGUCUGAAACUCCCUCACUCCAGUGCAAAACCCCGGAAAAUGCCACACAUACACUGGUAAAUCCAGCUUCUACGUUGUUGCAGGACCUCUUGAAGGAACAGCGUGCACACCGUGGCUCUCGGGGAGCUCCCCCAGAAGGUUGGGAUGCGAGCAGUAUUCCUCGAAGCCCGGAUGGAAAGCAAGAAGACACUGGCUCAGACAAGGCUCGCAGGGUCAGAGACAUAUCCUCUUCAGGGCAGUACGUUUCGAAAAUAAACUCGCUGAACUUCGAUCUGAAGCUCGAAAUCUUCCACCGUACUCGGCAAGUCGGAAUACUAGAGCAGAAGCUGGAGCGAAUGGAAGAGAUGGAAGAGGAGUUGAAAAGGAUGGAAAAUCUCGAAGAGGAACUGGAAAGCUUUCGAGUAGCUGAUAAGGAAAACCAAAGCCUGCGAGAAACAAAUCAACGUCUCAGAAAGGAACUUCUAAUCAAGGACAAAGCCAUCUCGGAGGCUGUUGAGUGGAUCUGCAAAUUAGAGGGUGAGAUGGAGACUCUCACGAACGUACAGAAGUCAGAUCGACUUGUACUUGAUGGCCCCAAUGCCUCCAUGACAAAUACCCCUAUACAAACGCCUGAUCUGCCCAAGGGCAGACUCGUGCUGGACGGCCCCGACAUCUCCACCCCUAAAGCCCGGCAGAACAUGUUUGAGAUACCUGAGCGAACGUCGUCCAGAAGAGGAUCAGAACAAGGAUAUAUUUCGAGUCCAUACAGUGCAAAGUCCCCUACCUCGCGCGAGCCCAACAAGGCGUUGUCAUUUUUGCGCGCUGACAACCACAGCACUGCCACCCUCCGCAGUCUUUAUGCGCCGGACAAGAAACUAUCCCAUGUCAGUAGCAUGCUCACCAAGGCGGAAAGCCUCCACUCUAUGUCCGAAACAGUGGACCCCUGUUCUCCAAGACUGAGUGUUCUCAGCGAGUGCAGUGAAUUUGAUAUGCCCCAAAUCCGCCAUUUCGACGAGCUGGAAAUUCCAGUAAAAACUUCCUCCAUAUCAGGUGUACCUCCAUCCGAACAAGAAGAGAGCAAGCAGGAUCAAAUCGACAGGUGGAUGCAGGCGAAAAUGGACAUGUCCGAGACCGUGAUUCGACGGCGCCCAACCAGUGCAAUGAGUGCAUUCUCACCUUCUACAAAGCCUGGUCUCACCUUCGGAGGUGACUUAUCCUCAAGCAGGCCCCGCAGCCGCCCACAUCUUGAUGCCUCGCUUUUUGAAAUGCCUAAACUUCCCCCAACGCCUGACACGAUGAGUACUGCUCUACCCAAUAAUGGCUCUAAUGGGAGCAUCGCAACUAGAAAGAGCCCAUAUCCCGAUCAGCAUGUCGGCCAGGUCAAACUUUCAGCUGAUCGCAGCUCUGCCUUUGAACCUGUCACUCGACCCCGACGCAGCUUCAGUGGUAGUGCAGUAGACAGCGUGAAAACGAACUGUGGUGAUACUCCACGUGUCGGCGAGACUGUCGAGUCUCCUACCAUCUUCCCAUUCAAUCAGAUCGCUAACAAAGCCGCCGGUCUUGACCCUGGUACCCCUAACAAUCCCGCCAUUCAAUCCUUCCACGAUGUAUUCAGUUCUUCCUACCCGGGCGGGGAAAAUUCGACAACAAUCACUCCGGGCCAGAGUCCGGCUAAGACCUCGACUUCACAAUCACUGGAAUGUGACUCGCCACCGCUGACGCCCCAGGACUGGGUUGCUGCUGCGAAGGAAGGACCCCGGUCCCGAAAAGAUCGCAACCGUGGACUUCGCAUUAUGCAGCCGCCAACGGAGCCUCAUAUGGAUAUCAUCACCCAAUCUGUCUUCCAUGACGACGGAAGGGUUGUCUCUUAUGACGACGAACCUGACCUACCGGAAAUCCCGACUCUCGAUCUUACAACACUUGAUAUUUUGAAUCAGUCUAUUGCCGAGCACCCCAUUGCACUUGACCCACUGGUAGAGUCCGAGCUUGAACUCGAUCCCGGGCCCCGCAGACGCCUGAGCUUCCGGACACGAUUCUUCAAUCGCCCCAGUCAAAGUGGAGGCCCCCGCCGUCUCCAGUCUUCUCCCAUGUUGGCUGACUUCCGAGACGACGAAGAUGAAGGGGCUCCAUCCCCAGUCAUUCCAAAGACUAGGAUAACGAGCGGUGCUCCUCCACGCCGGCCCACAUCGCAGAUCAUCUCGCCUUCUGCCGAUAUUUACGUCGACAUGCCUUCGAGAUGUGACUUUGGGAACCAGACACUCCAUCAACCCUUCAUGGAGCCGCAAGAUCUCUCCAUGUCUAUCCCGUCGAGCUCUACUUCCAUCUCCUCCCGCCCAGUAACAUCCUACAGCACCACCGCAGAUCACAAACGUCACAGCUCGCUUGGCAUCUUCGGAUGGAUGAAAGGCAUCAGUGGGAAACGCUCAGUUACAGCUACGGAGAAACUACCCGAUUUUUUGAAUCACCCCGCUGCUUUUGACCAUGCAGCUAAUGGGCUUAAUUUCUCCCGUGCUUCUUCUCCAGACUCGAUGAAUCCCCCUGUUGUCCGUCAUCGGUCUGAAGUCGCGAUGGCCGAGGAUGCUUCUCGACGCCCGAGGUAUAUGGGUCGUCGCUCUCGGAGAUGA